UUUUAUAAAUAGUGGGCUUAACUUUUUACAUGUAGGCCCAAAUCAUCUUCCGACGUCGGUUAGGGUUCUUGUUGAUGAUAUCACCUGAAACUCUGAGUUUCUCUCUCCGCCUCCGUCAUAGAACGCAGAACUGGGUGGAUCACCGUGGUCGUCAAAUUCCUAGCUCCUCGACUCCAAAAAAAAAUCAUAAACGUAUUACCGUCUCUUGUUUUCCUCGUAUUAUAUCGGUCGAAGUCUCCAAUCAUCGGUCUGAGUAAUCUCUGACAAUGCAUUUGUGUGCAAGGCUGCAAGAGUUUUGGCAAGUGUGAUUGUGAUGGGCUCUGGAAUCAUAGCCAGGGCUUGUACUCAGGCAUAUCGUCAGGCGCUUGCAAAUGCAUCAAAAACCGGGGUUGCGCAUGAAGCGACACAGACUAUUAAGAGAGGGUUGACUAUAGGUGAAGCAGAAGCUAGACAGAUUCUUGGUGUAACUGAGAAAUCAUCUUGGGACGAGAUUCUUAAGAAAUACGACACGUUGUUCGAACGCAAUGCGCAGAAUGGAAGCUUCUAUCUCCAAUCUAAGGUCCAUAGAGCUAAGGAAUGCUUAGAGACUGCAUACCAGAAGAGUACAACAACAAGCGCAUGAACAAGCAAUAAAACAAUAGGAGCAAAUCAGGAACAUAUCUUUUGAUACAAGUUAUAGUUUUAGGACAGAAGUUUGAAAUUGAGUGGAGAUAGCCGCAAAAGUUGAAAUUGAGACAAGGUCGGUGAUGGCCGGAAUGCUGCCAGUAACCGACUCACCGGCGUUGUUAAAAGUCUUGUUAUUUUGUUUAAUAAUAUUGACUUUUCUAGUUCUUAGGUAAACUAGUUGAAUUCUAGCAUGUCUAUUGAAUUAUCUGAGUUUGAAAAAUCCGUCUACUUCAUUUUAAUUACCAAA